AUGAACCCGGCGUCGCGCAAGUUCGACCCGGAAAAGUCCAUCCUCAAUCAACGCGCCGUCGACGCGGAGCGGUCCGCCGAGGCGGCGAAUGCGCGCCUCGCACUCGAGGUGGAGCGGUCGACGGCGCUGCGCGCGGAGAGCGACCGGCGCGACCGCGCGGCGCAGGCGGAGCGGCGGCGCCUCGAGGCCGCGAACCGCGCGUCGCGCGACGCCAUCGCGCGCUGCGAGGCCGAGCUGUCGGCCGCGGCCGCUUCCGCCGAGACCGAGCGCGAGAAGGCGACGGCGCUGCGCGUGGAGCUCGCCGCGGCCGCGCCCUUCCGGGACGAGGCCUCCGCCGUGGCCAAAAAACUACGAGAAGUCGAGGCGGCGAGCGCGGCGCACGAGGCGCGCUGGAUCGCGGACCGCGAACGGGCGGAGGCGGCCUUCGCGGCGGAGGCCGCGGAGCUCCGCGGCGAGGCAAAUAAACUCCGCGCGGCCGUCGAGGCGCUGCGACCCGAGCUCGCGCGGAGCCUCGAGCAGCUCGCCGCGGAGAAGGAAAAGGUCGCGGCGCUCGAGCGGAGCGCCGACGACCGAGCCGCGGCGGUCGGCGCGCUCGAGGCGAAAUGCGAGCGUCUCGCGAAGCGAGCGGACGGCGCGGCCGCGGACGACGACGAGGCCGCCGCGCGCGUCGCGAACCUCGAGGAGACAUGCGGCGGGCUCGGCGCGAAGGUCGCCCGCCUCGAGGCGCGCCUCGAGGAGGAGCGGGCGGCGACCCGACGGGCGACGGUCGACGGCGCCGCCGCGCGCGCGGCGGCGACCGCCGCGGACGCGGCGGACGCGUCGGCGGCCGCGGCGACGGCGCGGGCGGACCGCGCCGAGGCGGAGCUGGCCCAGGCGCGCGCGCGCAUCGUGCUCGAGGUGAGCAAGGGUCAGCUCGCGGCCGCGCACGCCGCGCACGAGCUCGCCGACGCCAAACGGCCGCGCGGCGGCGACGACCGGCUCGCGAAGCGCGCGGCGGCACAGGCCGCGGCGCGCGUCGCCGGGGAGACCGUGGCCGCGGCGGAGGCGGACCUGAAGCAGCGGCACGCGAUUUUGCUCGCGGACGCCGUCCGGCGGCGCGACGACGCGCACGCGGAGGCCCUCGCGGCCAAGGCCGCGGAGGCGCGCGAGGCGACGGACGCCGCGGCGCGCCUCGCGGCGGCCGUCGCCCGGGCCAACGACCGCCUGGGCCUCUGCGCGUCCGCGGGCGCGGCCGCGGCCGCGCGCGCCGCGGGCCGCGCGGCGACCACGGACGUCGCGAACGCGCUCGAGCGGCUGUCGGCGCGCUGCGUGGCGCUCGGCGCCUACCCGGACGCGGAGUCGCUCAUGCUCGCGGGCGCCUACGCGCGCGCGACGACGCACGACGGCGCCCCGCACGUCGAGACGGCCGUCGCCUGGCGCCAUCUCGCCAAGCUCGUCGCGGGCUUCGACGAGGCGCGGGCCGUGGACUUCAUGGCCAAGGCCCUGGCCGAGUACGACUGCUCCUUCUCCGCGGGCGAGGGCGCCGUCGUGCGCGCGUCGUCGGCCCUCGACGCGGUCCUCGAGGACCCCCGCGCGGACGUCCGCGCGGCGGAAACCUACGUCUCCGAGCACCUCAAAUCGACGCUGCCCUACACGCGGCCGACGACGGUGGACGCCGCGGAGCCGCCGCUGCCGCCGCGGCGGAGGCUCGUCCAGGGGGGGCUCUUCAGGCCGACGCUGCGCCCCCGGAGCAUCCGGCUCUCCGAGGGGGCCGGGUCCAUCGAGUACGACCACGCCGACGGCGCGGCGAACGCCAUCCCCGUGCACUGCCUCCAGGCGGCGGACCGGUUCUGGGGCGACGUCGUCGGCGCCGCGCCGGCGCCGUCGGCCAUCCCCAACGCGCGCGAGUACGACUUCUGCGGCCAGCGGCUGCUCGCCUUCGACGUCGGCGACGACUACCGGUGCGUCGACUACAGCGACGCGCACUACCGCGUGCCGCGGCCCCACUUCGCGCUCCGCGUGAGCGUCGACGACUACGAGUCGACGACAUCGCGCCUGCGCUCCAGGGGCGUCGCCAUCUCCGACGACGGGCCCCACGACUGCUUCUUCAAGGACCCCUCGAACAACAACGUCUACCUCUCCGCGCGCGUCGCGGACGACGUGCCGCCGAGCCCCGUCUCCGUCGCGCCGGGCGUCGACGGCGCCCACCGGCACAAGCGGUCCCUCCUCCUGCCGCGGAUCGGCGGAAACGAGGACGCCGCGCCGCCGCCGCCGCCGCGGACGCCGAACGGCAAGAGCCGCGGCCCCGCGCCGCACCGGAGCCCGCCGCGCUGGAGCCACGCGACGGACCAGCAGUUCGUCUCCAAGCUCUCCGUCGCCGGGCGGCGCUCCUUCCUCUCCUGGUCCGCGAACUCGCCCAAGGCCGCCGCGCCGACGCCCGCGACCGCGCGAGGCGCCGACGACGACGACGCCGCGGCGGAGAACACGCGACGACGGAGCCGGACCAUGUAG